GAACAGGACUCGAAGCAAAUCGCUACGAAGCCAAAGCUGGACACCUUCGAAGGCCCUCGGCCCCGCCCGACGCCCCGACGCCUUGGGAUCUAUCGACCGAGGCAUCGGCAUGCUGGGCCGCGCCUACCAGAAAUCUCUGAGCUUCGACCAGGGCCCUGCUGUGCAGAAGAGCUUCCUCGUGAGGCUUAAGGAUGCCGCCGUGGAGCUGAAGAAGUCCAUCACGCAGCAGGCCGUCCAGCAGAAGCGGCCCGUUCUGACCAUUGAGCUGAGAGCGUACACGCAGACCGUGAGCAUGCCCUUCCGCAGUGUCUUCGUCAAGCCCUUCUUUGUCCACGACGUGGAGAAGUGCUUGGAGUCUGGCGACUGGAAGAGGAGCGCCUACUCCAUGCCCGCGCACCUCCAGAUUGCCGACGGCCAGCAGCCGGAGCGCGGCGCCCUCGCGGCCGAGGACCACAUCAGUUUCAUCUACGGGGUCAUCGAAGGCGCGAGCUCCCUGCCAGUGGGCCCAGGCGGCCCCCCGGAGGCCUACUGUGUGGUUCACGCCAUCUCCACCCAGGGUGGGCGACACUUCGUCCAUCGCACGCGGUCCAUGAAGCAGCUGGCCUGCCCGCAGUGGCACGAAGCCUUCUACGCAGGGAUUCCGGAGGAUUUCGAGGUCGCGCGGUUACAGCUGGGCGUCUAUGGUUUGAACGCCAAUGGCUUCUCGCAUGCCGCCCGGAAGGCUGCGGGCGGCCUGCUGUCUGUGGUGCAUGCGGCAAGCGGAGGAGAUUUCCCGACGGAGAAGGAGGCCUCGAAAGAAGAAGAUGACUGGUUCAUCGGCCGGGCACAUGUGGAUCUUACCACGGUCAUCAGCGGCUCCCUCAUUGCAGAGGAGGUGCCUGUGCAGGGCGGCUCGAACCCCAAGCAGGACCGGAUCACCUCAGGCUUCCGGCUGAUGCCCUGUGUCGCCUUUGAGGUCAUGGUGGAGAGGCGCUUGCGCCCGAGCUUCACCAUUCACAGCGGCGACGGGGUGCAGAUGAUUCCGAGGCGGCAUCACCAGAUGACCCGGUCCUCGGACCCCGUGAUGCAGAGCCUGCCCAUUCUGGAUGGCGGCCAACUGCCCAUGCUGACCAUUGAGGACACAGACCUCGAGGCAGCCGCUCAGGAGGCUAUGGAACUGGCGAGGACCGGCACGCUGGCCAUGCGCAAGGGCGUGAAGCCGGAUUGGAGCAAGAUCAAGGAGGAGGAGGAGCCAGAGGAUGAGCCGCCGGCCAAGCCCAUGUCCCUCUUGGAGGACUCCCAACUGUCUUCCUUCAUCGCUGAGCGGAAGCAAAAGGAGGUUGAGGCGAAGGAGGUUCAGCAGCGCUUGGUCGACUUCACCCGGCGCGAGCCGCGGCGCAAGGUCCGGAGCCUUCCCGUCUUGAAGACGAAGUUCGGCGAAACCCCGGAGAGCCUGUUCCACCUCUCCAACCUCCAGGAGCCUCCGAAGGUGGUGCAAGCCCGGUUCAGCGCGGGGCUGGCAGCGUCGAGCGUCUCCAGGGAGUUGCAGGAGAAGCCCAUGUUCACCAAGCUGCAAUGGCGGAGGCCUACAGACCUGCUGUGAGGCUUGCAGCCGGCCGCUCCGCAUCGUAUCUUUUCAAACGGCGGCCGGAGAAUCUCUCGGCGACGGAAGGCGAAGCCUUCUGUCGCGGUUGAUUCAGAAAAUGUUGGCAAGUGUAAGCAAC